UUACCUUUUUGUUUUAAGUGCAAAGAUUAGUUACCGAAUCGUUACAAAUUAAAUGUUUGUCAUGUUUUGAGGUCGGGUAGUUUGUUCGUUAAGUAUAUGAGACUAACCACUUGAACGACAUAUAAGAUGUCAGGUCAUGUGUUCAUCGACAUAUUUGCUUUGCCGAAUAAGAAUGCCCUCAGUUGACUUUUCAAUUUCGAUACCAAGAAAGUAAGAAAGUAGACAUAGUUUUUUCAACUAAAAAGCAGCCUGGAACCCGUUUGUGAGCCAUUGAAUUCUCUCAUUGUCAUCCUAAACAACAGAAUAUCAUUCACAUACAUUAACAAAACCACCAUACAACUAGAGUGAAUUGUAACAGUCAUUGAGCGUUCAAACUUUUGAACUUAAUUUGUACAAAACGGUCACCAAAAGUCUAAUUUGCAACGACACGGUAACAAAAGUUUGAACUGGUAUGAAAUGGUCACACUGUUUAAUUUGUGACCGUUUUGUUCCAAGUGAAAAAGUUUUAUUAUCAAAUGGUUACAAAUUAAAGGUUUGUGACUGUUUUGUACUAAGUGCAAAGGUUUGUGACAAUUUAUGCUAAUUACCCCUGUAAUCCAGUCCCGCCGCUGACUUUUCGAAACUUGCGCCUGUUUCAUAUGGAAAAAAAAAUUACAGGCAAAGCCCAAUCUAGAGUACUUGGGCCGAUAAUAGCCGAUCAUGCUAGGCCCGGAUUAGGAACGGACCUACCCAGGACCACGUGGCGAACUGGGAAGUUAAGAUUUCUCUUCCUUUUAUCCACUUCCAAAUUCGCGCUACUGAAUCCCUCGUCCCGCCUCUUCCGUCUCCUUCCUUCUGCUUUCCCCUCUCAUUUUCUCUGCAACCUCACAAAAAAGUAACCAAGACAGCAGAAGCAGGACAGUAAGGGAAAGGGAUUCAGACUCAGGCAAAGCUACGACGAUGGCUGUAUUGCCUUACUCGAUCCCGCGGACUCUAGUAGGUACUCCACCUCCCGGCGCGAUCCCGUUGAGUUUCAGUGGCGGCCGCGUGAUUCGCUGCUGCUCCACCGUGGAGCUCACUAGCAGCUGGCGCGAUUUCAAUCGGACGAGAACCUGCGUUCUCGCGAAUCGUAGGAAUGUGAUCGGGGUGAUUCUUCUGGGAGGUUCGAGUCUAGUAACUGGUGGAUUUGAGGCUGCAGGAGCGGGGUUGCCCCCUGAGGAUAAGCCCAAACUGUGCGAUGAAAGUUGCGAGAAGGAGCUUGAAAAUGUACCCAUGGUGAGUACUGAAUCUGGGUUGCAGUACAAGGAUAUUAAAGUAGGCGGAGGGCCUUCUCCUCCUGUUGGUUUCCAGGUGGCUGCUAAUGUUGUUGCCAUGGUUCCGUCGGGACAAAUCUUUGAUAGUUCUUUGGAGAAGGGGCAACUGUAUAUUUUCCGUGUUGGCUCAGGUCAGGUGAUCAAGGGGCUCGAUGAAGGGAUCCUAACCAUGAAAGUUGGAGGCAAGCGACGGCUCUACAUUCCUGGACAGUUGGCGUUUCCGAAAGGACUGACUUCGGCUCCAGGAAGGCCGAGGGUGGCUCCGAACAGCCCUGUAGUCUUCGACGUCAGCCUUGAAUACAUACCAGGCCUCGAAGCGGACGAAGAGUGAACUGUAGAGACCACUCCAUAGCUAGCCGCUACGGUAAACACAUCUCCUCCUGCUGCUUUCCCCAAUUCUUUUCCGGCUCCGUCUGUUCAUUCAUUUCCUCAAAAAAAGAUGUAUAAUAUCGGUCAGCAGAACUCAGAGUUAUGCGAAGGCUGAAUGCCCCUGAAACUUGUUGUCGAAUUGGGCUUGGGCUUGGUCUUGGGCCGGAGACAUCUGAAAUGGGCUUUCGUUUAAUGUUGUUGUAGUAACUACCCUACUGAACAGUCUCGCUUUCCAUUUCGAUGGGCCUCGAAGAUGUCAGAUGCACAAGAGAGACAAGUUAGCUCAGAAUGGAGGAAAACAGAUGUUAUUGAUUCGACGCACUGAUAAGUAAAAAGAAAGAUUAGAUUCGAGAGGUGAAAGGAAAUCAAUCUAUCACCACUAUAUACUUGCCUGCCAGUCUAGUCUGCCACUAGUGUAAAAUCAACGGAAGAACCAACCACCCAACCCAGAAAUGCACGUGGUGGAGAUUGACUGGUAACACACAAGCAGACCACUAGAGAGAGAGAGAGAGAGAGUAUGGUAGCAGAAUAUAGAAACUGGGGAAGUUCGUGAAGCGGCAGGUCACGGGUUCUGUUUUCUGGACUGGAGAUUGGAGAAGAAGAAAAGAAAAGGCAAGAAGCAUGCAAAUGAACAAAUGGUAAGGAGAAGAGGGAAUCCAAUCCAACCAGAAUAUAAUAAUAAAUUAAACUAUUAAUGCUAAUGUGGUCAAGGGCAUGGAAUGAUGUGUCGCUUUCAUACAUAUCCGAGAAAUAAAGCUGUUGUUGAGCAAGAGAAUUUUGUACCAUAUGUGUACAAGUACAACUCCCCAAUAGAAUAUGAAUUUUAUGAUUACUACUAUGUCACUCGCCACUUAUGAAAUCUUAAUCCAACAUAAUGAUAAAUUACUUCAAAUAAUCAUUUUCACUCUAAGCUAGGUAAUGAAUAGUGUGUGUACCACUUCUCUUUCCAAAAUCGUGUUAUAAUUAGAAAAAUGACUCACACUUUGCUACAUAGAUGGUGGUACUACGUCCGUACUCAGAGUGAGUGAGUCUACUAGAAGCAAUAAGGUUUUCCACUUGGGUAGUUCCACGCAGCGAUAACAAUAGACAAAAGAGAUCAACCAGCUUACAACAUAGCCAAUUGACGAAAGUAACAAAAAGAAAUGUUGUGUGAUACCAAUGAACCUAAAAGUGUAGCCCCAUUGGAUUAUAACCAAAGUUAAUCUUGAUGAGAUGCGUUAAAUCGACAAGAUUAUCUACGGGGUGAAUGUCUCUGCGCACUAAAGUGCCACCAUGAGAUCAUAUGUGAAUAAUGUAGUAAAAGUGUAAAACGACUUGGCUUAGGUUGAAUGAGCUUGAUAAAACCUAACUCUUACCAGUCAGACUAGACUGUGGGAAUCCCUUCAACGGAGAGAGCGGUGAACUAGAAGACAAACAGAAACAGCUCCCUCAAGGUGAAAGAAAGUUUUUAGGAACUUUUCAAAUUAGAAGAGCUCUCGUUUGAAGGAGAAGAGAAGGGAAAAUUGCUACAGCUUUAACCUUUGUGCUGCAAGCAAUAGUUCUACUUGUCCACAUUCCACCCCCUACGGUAAAGACAAGCCCACAGACAAACGAAAGGUGUCGGCAUUGGCCAGCGGCAAAUAAUAAUAAUAAUAAGGCCAUUAUUGUUGU